AUGCGUAGUUGGCUGGCAAAGGUGGCGGUGGAGCGGCGCCGCCAGGAAUUGGAGAAGCAGAGGUGUUUGGACCAGGACGCCCCAGAUCGGGAGCUCUUGCACAUUGUGGGCAAGCUGACCGACCCGGAGAUCUCUGCCGAGGUCUUUGUGUACUCCUAUGACUCCAUGCUGUCGCUUCGCCGUGCUAUUUGCAAGGCUUUGAAGGUGCCUCACUGUAGCCUGAUGUUCAAGGGCUACGAGACGCAGAUGCAUCAGACCUUACAGGAAGCUGGACUCGAGAACCACUCGGAGGUUCAAGUGGUGCCUGUGAGCGAGGUGGCGUUGGCGUCUGCCUCAGCAGAUGGAAUGGUCUUUAUUUGGGAUGCCAUUGGCGGAAAAUGCUUGGAAACCCUAAGGGGACACAACUCCUCAGCAGUACACUGUUGCUCUUUUUCGACCACUGGACGGCUCUUGGGCACCACCAGUGUUGACUGUGCAAAGGUGUGGGAGACGUCCACGGGGCAAUGUCAUUGCACCCUGGAAGGACAUAAAGACUGGGUGGUGAGUAUUGGUUUUGAUGCAGGGGAGAACCUUGCGAUCACGGCUAGCCUGGACUGUAGUGCAAGGCUUUGGGACCUGGUCUCUGCGAGGUGUGUGCAAGUCUUUCCUGGUGGAGUCAGUCCAAUAUUUUGGGCUUCCUUUGAUCCCGACGGUGACCAAAUGGAAGUGGCCACGGCCAGCGCUGAUGGCACUGCCACCAUUUGGAAGCACAGUGGCGAGGUUCAGCAGGUCCUGCAAGGACAUGAAGACAACGUGCUGAUGGUAACCUAUUCUGCCAACAGCAAACGCCUUCUGACGGCCUCCCAGGACCGCACUGCCAGAAUGUGGGAGGCGCUGUCUGGGAUGUGUCUUCGAGAAUUUCGUGGGCAUACUGACACCGUGCAGUCCGCCUUCUUUUCGGGCGAUGGCCGUCUCUGCGUCACUGGCUCCAUGGAUCGUACUGCGCGAAUUUGGGAGACCAAGACCGGGGACUGCUUACGGACCCUCUCGGGGCAUGCGGGCUCCGUGCUCUUCGCGCUCUUUUCAGCGGAUGCGGGUUUUGUGGCCACAGCUGCAAGGGACGGCUGCGUGCGAACCUACGACAGCAAGACCGGGCGCUUGCAACGGCUGUUGGAAGGCUUUGCCAAGUCUAUUGUUAAAGAGAAUGUGCCUUCAGAGCUGGAAAGACUAGGUCAAUACGCUGUCCUUUGUCUCCUUCUGAGCGUCAGAUACAGCUGGACCUGCCGCGGUUUGGAGAAACGUGCUUCUGCACCUCCCAAAGGGACGUUGCGCUUGCACUUCAUGCCAUUUGCCGACGCAUCCAUCGACUUGCAGAGGUUGUACCGUGGCUGGAAGGGCCGGGGUGUGGCCUCACAGCGUUAUGCCGCCGCCUUACAGGUGAAACUCGAAUAUGACUCUGCCACGUCCAUUCAGUCGUUCGUCCGAGCACGGCUGGCUCGAAGACAAGUGGACCUGAUGCGCGAUGAGCGAAUGAAGGAGAUGGAAGCCGCCGCCACGUACCUGCGAAAGAUGUGGUUGGGCAUCCAGACGCGAAAGCAAUAUCUGAGACUGCAGGAAGACUUUCGAAAAGCAGAGGGUAGUAUCAUCACCAUGCAGAGAUACAUCAGAGGCUGUCUUUGUAGACUCUGGCUCUGGAGGGAGGCAGUGGCCAAUGAACAGGAGGUGUGGGCUGCCAUUGAAAUUCAACGCCACUGGCGCGGCUACAAGGGCCGGGUGCACGCAGAAAACGCCUGGGAGCAGGUUUGGCGACGAGAAAUGGCAGCAGCUCUUCUACAAAGAAAUCUUAGAGGCUGGGUGGUGCGAGCGAAAAUCGCUCGACAGAGGCGGCAGCUGGCGCGUGCCAGCUUCGAAGCGGCCCAGAGACGAUUUCUGGGAGCCCAACGUAUUCAGGAGCCUGGCUGA